AUGCGGCAUAGUUAUAUAUAUCUUCGAUGGAGUUUAGAUCAUCCGUGGUUAUAUUCAUCUGACUCAAUAUCCUCACAACUGAUAUUUUGCAGCAACAGCAACCCAAUAUUUGGAGAUACAAGCCUUCCUAACACUCAUGAUCUAUGGUCAUCUAGUAAAGAUGUGACAAGCAGUUCAGAUAAGUCGGUUCCCCUAUCUAUUGACUCUCUGAGUUUGGCUCUAGGAUCUCCGCGAAGCCCAUCAGAAAGAUUAGAAGUUAAAGCAGAAUACAGGCUAGAUCAGGAGAAGUCCUCCACUGGUGAUGAAGAGAAUGCUAGUGAUAUCACAUCUAAUGUGCAUCUGUCUACUGAUGCUAGGGACCAUGGUGGAGUCAAAAAUAUGCUUUUACAGAAUGAAAAGGUAGCAUUUUCAAAUGGCUCUACAAGCUCUUCUUUUUAUAAGUUGUUUUCGUGUGUACAGGGAAAUAAGCAGGAAAGAAUAUUGAAGGGUCGAUUUAAAUUAGAACAAGAAGGUGAACUUGCUCAGUUGCAGGAAUUAUGCGGAUCUGUGUCUCCUCAAGUGAACACGUUUGGCAUGCCAUAUGUAACGAAUCAACCUUAUCUCGCUUCAGAGCUCAGUCAACAGAGCCAGCUUCAAGGACCAGAAUGUUUGCAGCACAAACAUUUCCCAGGUCCACUUUUUGCUUCUUCUACCUAUGGGGAUAUGGGGAAUCACUAUUCUCCCAUGCCUGUCUUGUCACAGGUCCAUUCUGGACAAGCAAGCGAUCAGCGCGUCCUUUCAAGUUAUAAAGCUUCUCCAGGCAAUUCAAAUCAUUUCAGCAAGUCUCUAGAUGCUUCGUCAAAACCUUUGAUGAUGACACCUCAGGAAAAAAUUGAAAAACUGAGAAGGCGACAGCAAUUGAGAGCAAUGCUUGCCAUUCAGAAACAGCAGCAGCAGUUUAGCUAUCAAAUGUUAUCCCCUGAACAAUCUGCAAUGCAAGGAGGAUCUGUUGAAGAGAAUUUGAGCUGCAUCCCUUCUCUUGACCCAACCUCACCUUUGGAACAGGGUGACUCCAACACCGUUUGUUUGGCAGUUGAAGAAUCCUCAGUGGAAGACACGGCACUAUAUCUU